GCAAGUAGCGUGGUGAGCACGCGCCUGUAAUGGCCAAGUACCGACCUUUGUUUGUGUUUUGGCCACGCGACAUUUGUAUUUGCUCUCUCUCUCUCUCUCUCUCUCUCUCUCUUCGAGUCCCAUCGCCUCCUCUCCCGGCCUCUCCUCUCUCUGCAACGGUUCACAGUCACACCCACCACCGUUGGAUCUUGGCGGUACUGGGUCCAUGCUUGAAUUUUAUUGACAUGUCUCAUUCGAAUCAAGGAAAAAUAUUUUGACGGGUUGAAGACUGGAGACUUGAGCUUAUUCCUCAUUGUGGAAAUUUUGGUAAACCCAGAAUUUGCAGUGUAUAAAGUUUACAACCAAAUAAUUUUACAUUGAGUUGCUGUAACCCUGACCAAAAUGGCGCCGAGAUCAUUGAUUCUUCAUCACUUGAAGUCUUAUUUCUCAGCUCAAAUCCGAAGGAACCAUAGACUUCUCAGCUCUGCUUCUUCUUCUGCCCUUCACGUAGCCCCUUCUUCAUCAUCUCCAUCUACAUCCACGUCUUCGUCUCCAGAUGCCGUUCACAUGACUGAAAAUUGUGUUCAACGAAUGAAAGAACUGUAUUCUAGUGAACCAUCAUCGGGAGAGAAAAUGCUUCGCUUGAGUGUAGAAAAUGGAGGUUGUUCUGGCUUCCAAUAUGUUUUUGAUCUCGAUGAGAAAACCAACCCAGAUGACAGGGUCUUUGAGAAGGAAGGAGUCAAAUUGAUCGUGGACAGUAUUUCAUAUGAUUUUGUAAAAGGAGCAACCGUUGAUUACGUUGAGGAGCUUAUUCGUUCUGCUUUUGUGGUCUCUACAAAUCCGAGUGCAGUAGGCGGCUGCAGUUGUAAAAGCUCAUUUAUGGUGAAACAAUAGUUCUGCAAGUACUGACUAUAAUCUCCCUCUCUAUAUAUAUCAAGGCAACUAGAUUCAGUUUGGAAUGGAUAAUUACACCCAUUUAUUUGACAUGAUUUUUUCAAAUAAAAAUUACCGUUAACACAAGGGCCAUGCCUAUAAUGUUAUACAAUAAUAUUCUUCUGUUAUUAAUGUUACCAGCGGCUUGUAAUUGUACCACAUUCAUAGGUUAUUGAGUUAGUUUCAUUGUUUUUUUUUUUUUUCUCUGUUAUAGUUGGGCAUUCGAAAGCUUGUACUAGAAGUUGGAUUAAAAUUGGAUCUUGGGGUAUUUACUUUGUAAUAAACACUGCCCACAUUUUACUACAUGGGCUGAAUUUUAAUGGCAAGUAUGAUACGAAAUAAAAUAAAGUUACCUUAUCGAUUACAA